CAACCUUCAUUCUUGAGAUAUGUGAGUUGUUCCAUCGAAAAGGCGCUUCUGAGACUGCUCCCUUGAAGAAAGUAUGGCAAGUUCAACGAAACUCGUCUCGGCCGCUGCCGUACAAUCACAUACCAAGCGCGAUGACUGCUGGAUUGCCGUGGAGGGAAAAGUGUACGACAUGACCAGAUUCGCGCCAGAACAUCCAGGCGGGGCGGAGAUCAUAUACGCAUAUGCCGGUAGAGAUGCCACCGAGGCUUAUUUGGAGGUCCAUGAACCAAAUCUGAUAAAGACCAACCUUUCGCCCCAGGAGCAGAUCGGGGAUCUGGACCCAGGAACAAAGCUCCCAGAUGUGCCGCCGGGUCAAGACUUGCGAGCAAACCAAAAGAAAGGAGACAAGCCCUCACUCGACACUUUCAUCAACUUAUACGACUUCGAAGAUGCAGCAAAGAAAACUCUCUCGGAGAAGAGCUGGACCUUCAUCUCGGGCGCAUCGAACGACAACAUAACUCGAGACGCUAAUCACGACCUCUUCAGAAAGCUCUGGUUCAGGCCGCGGAUACUGAGGAACGUUUCGACGGUGUCUACGAAAGGGACGAUGAUGGGUUGCCAAGUAUCACUUCCAAUUUGGAUUGCACCGGCCGGGGUAGGCAAAACGGCUGGACCAGAGGGCGAGCUGGCGCUGAGCAAGGGCGCAGCAGCCAGCGGCAUCAUACAGACGAUAUCGACAACCGCAUCAUUCCCAUUGCUUGAGAUUCUCGAUGCCGCGGGAAAGGACCAUCCAUUCUUCUUCCAGUUAUACAUCAAUAAAGACAGGUCCAAGACCGAGGAGCUCCUUAGAGUCAUCAAUAGCCGGCCACAGAUCAAAGCCCUGUUUGUCACCGUCGACCUCCCUGUCGUCUCGAAGAGAGAAGCAGACGAACGAAUAAGACUCGACACACUGUAUUCCGGCGGUAUUGGAGGUGCUGCGGCUGGGAGCGAUCAUAAGGGUUCGGGCCUCGCGAGAAGUGUGGGAUCUUUCAUUGACCCCGCGUUCUGCUGGGACGACCUUGCCUGGUUGCGACGACAGACAAACCUGCCCAUUGUCCUGAAGGGCGUUCAGUCAGCAGCUGACGCCAGGAUCGCAAUGCACAUGGGAUGCCAGGGCAUCGUGGUGAGCAAUCACGGAGGUCGGGCUCUGGACGGUGCUCCAGCCUCCAUUCUCGUGCUCUUGGAGCUCCACAGGGAGUGUGCAGAGGUAUUUGAUCAUAUGGAGGUGUUCAUUGAUGGAGGAUUCAGAAGAGGAUCCGACAUUCUCAAAGCACUUUGUCUUGGCGCAACCGGUGUCGGCCUAGGCAGACCUUUCAUGUAUGCCAUCAACUACGGCAAAGAAGGCGUGGUGCAUGUUGUCAACAUUCUCAAAGAUGAGGUCGAGACAGCCAUGCGCUUAGCAGGCCUCAAAUCUCUCGACGAAGCCGACCCAGCACUAAUAAAUACUGCCGAGUUGGAUCCUCUUGUCCCCCGCGGAUCACUCCAUCCUUAUGCACGCAGACGCGAAGGCCCGAGAAGACAAUAUCGUCUCUAA